ACAUCCCGGUACCUUUGGGAUCGAACCUUUCUGCACCGAGGUGUCGAUGUACACAAUCCCUCGGAGGAAACCUAUCAGACGGGUUGUUCCAGUACCAAAGCCACCACGACACAUCUCAUAUUACCAACAACAGCUUCAGCCAAACCUCCAGGAUGAGUUUGGGUGUGCUCAGGAGGGGUGGACCCAGAACAAAGAUGGCCGACCUCUGGAUGACAUCUACACACAUCUGUACAUCAGAGCUACUGGUGACGUCCACAUCAACACACAGCAUGAGGUCAUGCAGCUUGAAGCGGUGAAGCCAGCCGAUACAGAGACAACCAUUACACCUUGUGACAUGUUCAAACACCCCUCUAUAGAAGACAAAGCCAUAAGGACAGUCCUGACCAAUGGAAUCGCAGGAAUUGGAAAAACCUUUCUAGUGAACAAGUUUGUGUUGGACUGGUGUAAAGGAGACCAUCAAGAUGUGCAUCUCAUUUUCCCCUUCACCUUCCGCCAGCUGAAUUUAAAGAAGGAGGAAAAGUGGUGUUUGGCAGAGCUCAUUCAUGAAUGUAUCUGGGGGACCCAGACAUCAAAGAAGAGUCUCAAUUACAUCUUUACAGCUCUGCAGUCAUCAGGAAACACCAACUUUGACAGGAGUGAAUUCAAACUUCUGUUUGUUCUGGACGGACUGGAUGAGAGCCGCCUUGAUCUGGACUGCUCCACCAAUAAAAACAGGGCAGUUAAAAUUGAUGUGACAGCGCCGACCUCAGUGGACGAGCUGCUGACGAACCUCAUCAAGAAACUGCUUCCCUCUGCUCGCAUCCGGAUAACCACACGACCUGCAGCAGCCAAUCAGAUCCAUUCUGAUUUUGUAGACAUGGUGACAGAGGUCAGAGGGUUCACUGACCCACAGAAGGAGGAGUACUUUAGAAAGAGAUUCACAGAUCAGGAGCGGGCCGACAGAAUCAUCUCCCACAUCCAGACAUCACGGAGCCUCCACAUCAUGUGCCACAUCCCAGUCUUCUGCUGGAUCACUGCUACAGUUCUGGAGGACGUGAUGAAGACCAGAGAGGGAGGAGAGCUGCCCAAGACCCUGACUGAGAUGUACGCAGAAUUCCUGGUGUUUCAGAUUCAUCAGACAAAAGAGAAGUAUGACCCAGAAGAGUGCAUUCAGUACAUUGAGUCAUUAGCAAAACUGGCUUACCAUCAGUUGGAAAAGGGCAACCCGAUCUUCUACGAGAAAGAUCUCAAAGAGAGUGGCAUUGACGUCAGUGGAGCCUCGGUGUGUUCAGGAGUGUUCACAGAGAUCUUCAAAGAGCAACGUGGGAAGAAGAAGGAUAAAAAAAAGAUGUUCAGCUUCAUCCAUCUGAGUGUUCAGGAGUUUCUGGCUGCUCUCCAUGUAGAGAGCGCAGUCAUUAACAGAAACGAGAACGUGAUGUUUGGGCAAACGAUCCUCAAAAAAGUGUGGGGUAUUUUCAGCAGUACAUCAAUGACAGAGGUCCACAGGUUUGCUAUCGACAAGGCCUUACAGAGUCCAAACGGACACCUGGACCUGUUCCUCCGCUUCCUCCUUGGUCUUUCUCUGGAGUCUAAUCAGAGUGUUCUGGAAGACCUGCUGAAACCAAAAGGAACUAGCCCAGAGACCAAUCAGGAAACAGUGGAGUACAUCAAGGAGAAGAUCAGUGAGAAUCUGUCUGCUGAGAGAAGCAUCAAUCUGUUCCACUGUCUGAAUGAACUGAAUGAUGGUUCUCUAGUGGAGGAGAUCCAACAGGCCCUGAGUUCAGGAAGUCUCUCCACAGAUAAACUGUCUCCUGCUCAGUGGUCAGCUCUGGGCUUCAUCUUACUGUCAUCAGGAAACGAUCUGGACGUGUUUGACCUGAUGAAAUACUCUGCUUCAGAGGAGGCUCUUCUGAGGCUUCUGCCAUUGGUCAAAGCCUCCAAAAAAGCUCUGCUGAGUAACUGUAACCUGUCAAAGAGAAGCUGUGAAGCUCUGUCUUCAGUUCUCCGCUCUGAGUCCUCUAGUCUGAGAGAGCUGGACCUGAGUAACAACAACCUGCAGGAUUCAGGAGUGAAGCUGCUCUCUGUUGGACUGGAGAGUCCACACUGUAAACUGGAGACACUCAGUCUGUCAGGCUGUCUGAUCACAGAGAGUGGCUGUACUUCUCUGGUCUCAGCUCUGAGCUCCAACCCCUCCCAUCUGAGAGUGCUUGACCUGAGCUACAAUCAUCCAGGAGACUGGGGGGUGAAGCAGCUGUCAGCUGGACUGAAGGAUCCGAACUGGAGACUGGACACUCUCAGGCUGGAACCUGGUGGAAAGCAGUGGCUGAAACCUGGUCUGAGGAAGUAUUCCUGUGAACUCUCCCUGGACCAGAACACGAUGAACAGGAAACUCAGACUGUCUGACAACAACAGGACGGUGACAUGUGUGAUUGAGGAUCAGCCGUAUCCUGAUCAUCCAGAGAGGUUUGAGUCCUGGUCUCAGCUGCUGUGUAGAGAUGGUCUGACUGGUCGCUGUUACUGGGAGGUCCAGACCAGAGGAGGGGUUGAGAUAUCCGUGAGUUACAGAGGAAUCAGCAGGAGAGGAGUCAUUGAGGACUGUGGGUUUGGAUUUAAUGAUCAGUCCUGGAGUCUGCUCUGCUCUGAUGAUGAUGGUCGUUUCUCUGUCCGUCACAAUAAGAGAGCAACAGUCUUCCCUGUCUCCUCCCCCCGUGUCUCUAACAGAGUAGCAGUGUAUGUGGACUGUCCUGCUGGCUCUCUGUCCUUCUACACAGUCUCCUCUGACUCACUGAUCCACCUCCACACCUUCAACACCUCAUUCACUGAACCUCUCUACCCUGGGUUUAGGUUUGGGUUUAUUUUAGGGUCAAGGAUAAGGUUAAUGUUUGAGUCCUCAGUGUCUCUGUGUUCUGUGUAGGGUCUAGGGAUAGAU